UCCCUCCAUAUUCUUCUGACCUCUAUUAUAUACACCCAUUUACAUUCUUCACGUUCUCAAACCAGUAGCUCUUUCUCUCCUCUUCUUCGCGCAUUCUCUCUCUUACCGGAUAAGGUUUGUCUAGAGAGAUGGCUAGAGUUUGUGUAAUGAUUAUGAUGAUGGUAGCUAUGGUCUUGAACAUGGCUAUAGGUGAGCCUAUAGCACCAUGCUACUUCAUAUUUGGUGAUUCUUUGGUUGACAGUGGAAACAACAAUCAGCUUCAGUCCUUAGCGAGAGCUGAUUACUUCCCUUACGGCAUCGACUUCCAGUUUGGUCCAACCGGAAGGUUCUGUAAUGGAAAAACAACCGUCGAUGUCAUCACUGAGCUUCUUGGUUUCGAUGACUACAUUACACCGUAUUCUCAAGCAAGCGGCGAAGACAUCCUAAGAGGAGUAAACUACGCUUCUGCAGCUGCUGGUGUUCGAGAAGAAACUGGUCGUCAGUUGGGAGCUAGAAUAACGUUUGCAGGGCAAGUAGCUAACCACGUGAACACAGUGUCACAAGUGGUGAACAUACUCGGAGACGAGAAUGAAGCUGCUAAUUACCUAAGUAAAUGCAUCUACUCUAUAGGGUUAGGCAGUAACGACUAUCUCAAUAACUACUUUAUGCCUCUCUAUUACUCCACCGGGAACCAGUACUCCCCGGACUCCUUUGCCAACGACCUCAUCAACCGAUACACCGAGCAACUCAGGAUAUUGUAUAACAACGGAGCGAGGAAGUUUGCGCUAAUUGGUAUCGGUGCAAUAGGAUGUAGCCCUAACGAGCUGGCGCAGAACAGCAGAGACGGGAGGACAUGUGACGAAAGGAUCAAUUCAGCAAACAGGAUCUUUAACAGCAAGCUCGUGUCUCUGGUCGACUAUUUCAACCAAAACACACCGGAUGCUAAGUUCACUUACAUCAAUGCUUACGGUAUCUUCCAAGACAUGGUAGCUAAUCCUUCUCGCUAUGGGUUUAGGGUGACAAACGCGGGGUGUUGUGGAGUUGGGAGGAACAAUGGACAGAUAACUUGUCUUCCAGGUCAAGCUCCUUGUCUGAACAGAGAUGAGUUUGUGUUCUGGGAUGCGUUUCAUCCAGGGGAAGCAGCGAAUGUCGUGAUCGGUAGUCGAUCUUUUAGGAGAGAAUCUUCAUCUGAUGCUCACCCUUAUGAUAUCCAGCAGCUUGCUUUGCUUUAGUUCAUGAAAGUUCUUCCACACAGACAAAGAGAGAAAGAGAGAGAUUUAAUCUUUUGCUUUGUUUGAUACUUUUUUUUUUUUUGGUUGCAGAAGAACUGUUUCUGGUGUGGUCCGUUGAGCUGAUGUAUUAUGGUUCUAUAUAAUGACAUGAAUUUGCUGUU